AUGACGUCUGAUAUUACACAUGUCGGCUCAUGCUCAGGCGGUAACUCUGUUCCAAUGGAUGCAGAAGGCCGUCCAUACCAUUAUGGCUGCAAAGGAUCAGAAAUUGUAAAUGAAUUCUUACUUUGUUCUUGCUAUAAUCUUGCAAAAGAGAUUUCGAAGCUUCUUGAAGGCGAAGUUUUCUUCAGAGCUUCAAACCGUGGCUAUCAUACAUAUACAGGUAUGUAUAAGGGCAAACGCGUUUCGAUAGUCGCUUUCGGAAUUGGCUUUGCUAUGCUUGAUUUCCUUCUUCGUGAAAUCCGUGCAAUCACAACAGGCAAGCUUACAUUUAUCCAGAUUGGUGAAGCCCCAUCUCCAUCAGGUUUACCACUUGGAACAUGUAUCAACGUCAAAGAUGCUGUUGCAUUCGAAAUUGACUACGGAAACUUCACACCAGAGAACGACUGCCCAUAUACAAUCUACGCCAAGCCAGUCAAAGCUGAUGAAACUGUUUUCAAUUUGCUUGCUGAAGGAUUGAAGAAGGCAAACCUUCCAGCCCAAGAAGGACGUGUUGCUUCUAACCCAUCUUUCGUCUCAGGCAUCAAUGCUCCAUCUGUUCAGAGCGGUGGACUUGGUUCAUUCGAUUUCAAGACAGAGAAGCUUAUGAAAAAGCUUAACGAAAAGUGCGGAACAAUUUCUACAUUCGAAAUGGAUACAUACAUGCUCUAUUGGACAGCUCUUCGUGAAUUCCAAAAGAAUAUCAAGACAGGAGCUAUCUCUGUUGUCUCAGCUGAUAUGGAUGGCCAUAUCCUCCCAACAGAGGAACUCAUUAAGCGCCAGGUAGAAGCUGCUAAAGUUAUCCUUGAAAAACUUGGCGAAUUACAGUGA